ACCAUACCAGCUGGAAGUGUAUUAAAUAGUUCUACUGCAACUAUUGUGCUGGUGUUGUUAUGUCCAUCGUCAAUUGUGUUGGGAAUAACCGGCGUGCUUGGUCUCGGAACGAGCAGCUUUGGUCAACAGGGACCAAAUAAGAUGUAAAUAAAGUGGAGGUGCCUGUGACCGAAACGCCUUUCACCUGUGAACUGUACCGCACCCCUCAUAAACCAAAAGUCCAUCGAAUAGAAGUUCAACAUACGACCACUGUGUAACUACGCAAAAUAACUUCAAUACUGUACGGGGUGGCUUCUGGAACACCUUUACCAUGGCAACCACUGCACCGAAUGUUCCGGAAGACCCGUCGAAGAUCAGCUACUCGUACGCUACACCGAGCGGUAUUUGCGUGCGCUUCCGUCAAAGCCUGGCCCAGUUUAGCGAUUUGUUUAGUGAGUUCAACAAAUAUAUCGCGCCGGCCUACCAUCAUGACCGGUGCGAACGGUCUGUCCACAUGCGUCUCUACUCGAUGAACAAGCGCGAAUUUGCAACCGUGUUUUUGGCAUUUUUCGCGUGCUUCGGACUUGCCAUCUUCAUCGGGCUCGCAGGUCCACCGAUCACGGUGAUGACACAGGUGAAUGGUAAUGCGCUGCUGUCAAACGCGAGCGAUGAAGGUGGACCCGGUAGGAGCAGUACUGAUUUAAGCUAUCUUGCACGUGGCCCGUUCGUGAUACACACUCCGCUAAUGACGACCUACUCGCAACAAUUGUGGAUUAUUGCAAAGUUGACGACUGACAAUACGGACGACGAGAUGUUCGACAAACGGUUCCAUGUAAACGUGCAGAUUGCGGGUCUUUCGGCGGACCAUAAACCAAUGCCAGUGCGUGGAGCGGGCACAAAUGGCGCGGCUGUUCAGUUAAAGAACCGUACGCGACAUCUCAGCUGCAGCGAUCAGGACUGCGCCGAGUUCACUGUGUUGCACAUUGGAUUUCUGGACUACGCCCACUACAUCCUCACUGUGCGGUUCUACGGGCUGGAAGCGUUCCACCAGCGCUACACCAUUCACACCGUAGAGUUCUACCUUAAGUCGUAUAAUCCGGCCUUCACGCAGAUCGAGAUAUGGUUCCGGUUCAUAUUCGUCCUUUUUACGUUCAUUGUCAGCUGUUGGUUCGCGCACGCGUUACGUCGCUUUCCGCUAUGCGACUGGUCGAUUGAGCAGAAGUGGCUCUCAAUACUCCUUCCACUGCUGCUGCUCUUUAACAACCCCAUCUUUCCACUCAUCUUUAUCGCGAACAGUUGGUUUCCUGGGAUGACCAACGCGCUGAUGCAGGCCACCUUCCUGUGCGCCAUCCUGACGUUCUGGCUAUGCGUCUAUCAUGGGAUGCGGCAAAAUGAGCGCAAGUUUUUAAUCUUCUAUCUUCCGAAACUGAUUGUAGUUCUACCAAUCUGGCUCGGUGGAGUAGUACUUAGCAUCUGGGAAAAGUGCGACGAGUUGAACGAUCCCACUUACAGCCACUUCGAUGAUUCGGAAAACUACAAUGGUUUAAAGGUAUUCGUCUCAAUCGCCGGUGCCAUGUACUUGCUGUACUUGGGUCUGUUAAUUCUGAAAGCCUAUUCGGAACUACGCUCGAUGCCAUACUUUGAUAUGCGCCUGAAGUUUCUCACGCUGUUGAUGGUGAUUGUUCUGUCGAUCACACUGAUCGUAACGCUGCAGCAUUUCGGCUUCGACCCGUUGGAGGACAAUUUUACGGCGCAGUUGUCCACGACGUAUAAGAGUUCAGCUCAAUUUAUGUGUUUCUACGGAUUACUGAACUUUUACAUCUACGCUAUGGCUUACGCCUACGCACCCAGUGUCCCGUUUGCCUUUGUACUUCUCGCAGAGCCCACAAUCGCCAAGGAUAAUCCCACGUUCUCGAUGACCAACGAUUCGGACGAGGAGGUAAUGUACGGGUCCGAUGAGGAAAGCCGCCGACCAUUGAACGCAACUUGCCGAAAGGGCAACGAUUACGACAGUGACUAAACCUAUGUUGUAGAGUCAUCGGUGUGUUUUAGCCAUCCAUUUGUUUUAGCGGGUUGGUUUUGGUCAAACACGCCACUGCAACGGAAAGACACAUUAUUCAUUAGGUUAUCAGUGAGUGCGUUAGGCUGUGUCCAUAUGCCUGGGUGAAACAGAACUUUAACGUUUUUUGCUGAGAAUCGGUUCCGAAAAUUGUGUUUCCAGUGGGACCGGGACAGCAAAACGGACGAAUAGCGAACAUGGGUUUCUAAUUUCAUCAUUCCGGCUGAACUUACGAGAUAAACAAUACUCGCCGAAGCCACACCGUCGUUUAUGAUCCCGGAUUCGAUACUGCAGCUGUCAAUAAACUACACCUGUU